AUGGAAUUAACUGAACAUUCCGCGCACAUUACGCAACGUAAUGCAGAAAAUGAUAGGACCAGGUUUUCUUUAGACAACCUGCAAUGGAAAGUUAAAAGAAGAAUUAUUGUCCAGAUAGAAGACCCAUGCCAACUUGCUAAGUGCUCGCGAGCUUGGAACAAUCAGGUGAACCUCCCAUCCACAAAAGCCGAGUGGUUGAUCCACCAAAAUGGAACACACGCCCUUUUUCAUGCCGUAAAAAGAGGCGAGAACAUUAAGGUCAUCAUGUCCCUCUUCGAACAAGGAGUUCACCUUAGCCGCUACUUUUCUCAAAAGCUAAAAAAUUCUUACGGAAAAGAGGACCCCAAGCUCAUUGCCCUCCGACGGGAGUACGAUGCUGACCGCGGGACGGACAACAACGGUAUAUCCUGGGCAAGCAAUACAGGUCUUGACGUUUUUUUUUACAUUAUCCAGAAAACCAAUGAGAAGUUCGGUGAAGAUCAAACCUUCCUUGGUGAAAAUGAUAUG